CAGCUCUGAACAAAAACUCGCAAAAUAUUGAAAAUCUGCGGCACGAUUUCUUCCUUAGCUCAGUGGAUUUUAAAUUGUUUUAUAUAAAAAUGUUUCGGAACAUCAGCAGAAGAGACCAUCGGCAGCAGCCUCACCACGAAGAGAUUCAAAAUGCAGAAAUACGAGAAACUUGAGAAGAUUGGCGAAGGAACAUACGGGACUGUUUUCAAGGGUAAAAAUCGGGAUACCUUGGAAAUCGUUGCGUUGAAACGAGUGCGCUUGGACGAGGAUGACGAGGGCGUUCCAAGCUCAGCACUGCGUGAAAUUUGUUUGCUAAAAGAACUGAAACAUAAAAAUAUUGUUCGACUUUACGAUGUGCUGCAUUCGGAUAAGAAAUUGACCCUUGUCUUCGAGCAUUGUGAUCAGGAUCUCAAGAAAUAUUUUGACAGUCUAAACGGGGAGAUUGAUCCCGAUGUGGUGAAGAGCUUUAUGUAUCAGCUGCUGCGAGGGCUUGCGUUUUGCCAUAGUCAUAACGUUUUGCACCGAGAUUUGAAGCCUCAAAACCUGCUUAUUAAUAAGAAUGGAGAACUGAAGUUAGCCGACUUUGGAUUGGCUCGAGCCUUCGGUAUUCCGGUUAAAUGCUAUUCAGCGGAAGUUGUUACCCUGUGGUAUCGACCUCCAGAUGUGCUUUUUGGGGCAAAAUUAUACACAACAAGCAUCGAUAUGUGGUCUGCUGGCUGCAUAUUUGCUGAACUGGCCAAUGCUGGUCGACCACUUUUUCCUGGAUCAGACGUUGAUGAUCAACUGAAACGAAUUUUCAAACUACUGGGAACACCAACGGAAGAUACUUGGCCUGGUAUAACCCAACUAUCAGACUAUAAACCUUUUCCUCUUUAUCCUCCCACCACCUCUUGGAGUCAAGUUGUGCCCCGUUUAAAUUCGAAAGGUCGAGAUUUGCUGCAAAAACUGUUAAUCUGUCGUCCAACAUUAAGACUGAGUGCAGAGCAGGCGAUGGCACAUCCAUAUUUUACGGAAAACUGAGAGCGGUCAUAGCAGUUAAAACUGUUUCUCGCGAGCACUGGCGGAAGUUCUAUCGGCAGUAGCAAAAGAAGGUCGAACAGUUUAUCGGCGGCUUCAGGUGUCGCAAUGGAUCCGAUUAAUGAGUAAAUAGUCGUAAGAAGGUUGGAUUCAAACCAAAUUUACUACUGUUUAUUAACGUCAUCGCCCUAGUCUGGCUACAGCUGUGAAUGAAAUUACUUAUUGGCACGGAAGAAUAGGUUCGAGUGUGAACCCUCAUUAAAUUAUUGUGUUAUCGUGUUAGUUUGUAGUCAUAGGAAGAAUGUACUUUUAGAGUAAAUAAAAGUACAGAACGUCGAUUUGUAACCAAUAUUGCAAAACAUA